AUGGAAUCUAUUUUUAUACUCGUGCCCCCGCGCAGUUGUUCUCCGGGUACGCUACAGAAAGUACGUGAGUGUCUGACAGGCGGUGGAGCGCAGAUAGAGGCGGAGGCUGUCUUGCCCACGGACGCGCUGCUGCUCUGCCCGUCGCAGCUCUCCGUCCUCUUUGGUAGUGCACAUCACUGGGGCAUGUCCCCUUCUCAGCAGGUGCUUCAGCGUCCUUUUGCAUCCGCCGCUGACGACAUCGACGCAACGUUUUGCCCAGUUGAGGAAGACGUCAAAUCCCUCUUCUACAGCCACUACGGCGAACUGUGGGACGCCGCUAUCUCGGAGAGGAGGCUGAAGACCGCUUUCGAUGUACUGAAGGAAGAGAAUAUCACGGCAGCAGAGUUGGAACAGCGAUGUGUCUCCGCUGCUGCUGCCACUGCGGCGCGCAACGUCCUCGAGCUGCCCACGCACCUCACCAUCACGAAAUUCGAUAACAACGGUAAAAAUUAUGAAGAGUCUACCGCGCGUUACGUCGUGAAUGGGGUGUAUCCGGCCCAGCAAGAACGCUUCUUCCAAGCAAAUGCUGACCAGGGCGGUUGCUGGUGGUGUGCUGCGACGCUGCCGGACUCUGCAGCACCGCAACAAGGAAGUCAGCUGCAUGCGCUUCAGCAACUGUCUCAUACCGUUGAGAACAUUCUCUCCUCCUGCAGUGAUGUGCGCGUGGUGACAAACCCGUUGGAGGCGCUGGCCUUUCGUGUCUUGUGGAUGAAAGUCCCCUUGACGAGGGACGCGUUUGCUUCCACGGUGCUGCAGCAAGGUGUGGUGCCCAGCUGGCUGGAGGCGCUGCUGCGUGACCCAGUGAUGCACGAUCGCGGACACUUCUCCAGUGUGUUCGACAUGGUCCAAGGCAAGACCGCGGAAGAGGCGUCACACGCAGUGGCACAGCUGUGGGCAGCGUUGAAGCCCAACGCUGCGGGCAAGGGCAUCGCUGAUGUGGCCAACGGCGCUCCUGCGCUGUACGACUAUAAAACCGGUUAUUUGGACCCGCGGUUGUAUGCCGCGACCACCACUACCACCGUGGAUCGCACGCACGCCGUCGUCCUCGUGCACUCUCGCCUCUGCGCACACGGAGAAGUGUCGAGCAGUCUGCGGCGGCGACUGGAGCAACAAGGGGCCGAUGUGGACGCUGUUCGUCAAGUUAGCGUUGAAGAGCUGCAGGCGAAGCUGGACCUGCACUUUGCUCCUGCUGCUCGCUACGCAUUCGAUCAAGCAGCGCUGCAGCAUCUCAUUGUGGAGGAGCCAGAUGUCGCUCGGUGCUUUGAAGAGACGCACGGCGUCCCGUGGCAACGGGCCGUGGACGAGGGACGAAUCUGGAGUGUGACCCUCGCCGAACAGCUGCUGGGUUCUCCGCAAGCCCGGGCACUGCUGAAGGAGUGCCUCGCGCAGAGCCGCCUGACGCAGCAGCUUUCGCCUUUUCUGAGCAUCACAAAGGUGUCUCGCGAGGCGUUGGUUUCGCAGGCGUUCCCCGACACUGCCCUGAGUACACUCUUCUCGACGGCGUGUGUCGGUCAGCCACCCUACGCGCUCAUGCCUGACACCUUCUUUGUCGUCAACGCGGCGUACAGCCUGUACCGCAACGACGUGCUGGGACAGGUCUACUCGCAAGAAGUUGCAGGCGAGGUGUGGCAGCUGUCUUGGCCUAGAACAAGUAACAUUAACCUCAAAGCGUGGCAGCGGCUGGCGUGCAUAUCGCCGACCCUCGAGGCAGCCCAGCGAGACGAAAGCCUCGACCCAAAUGCGCAGGUAAAGCAAACGGAGGCUUCUUACGACGCUGCGGUGGGUGCGGAAGUCCGCCACGCCUUUCCUCUCUUAAACGUGCUGGUUGAUCCCGCUUCGGCGUUGCGCGCGCGACAUCUCUGGUGGGGCACGCCGUACGCCGAAGACGCGCUGAGCCGUCAGCUGCGCGCUCAGGGGCAGUCCUGGGUCUCCCUCCUUCCGCCGCUUUCAUCGACGCCAUCAUCUGCAGAAUAUACGGAGGCAGUGCUGGUGCUGCCCCCACGCGUUGCAACCAACCACGUCAUCUCCGUCACACCCACCGUGCUGCAGGAGAACAAUGUGACCGUCGUGGAGGAAACCGACCUCUACGGGGAAGCAGCGGCCGCCUAUAUAUUUGGCGGCAACUCCCUCCUCGCGGCUGCCAGUUCGCUCGCGCACAAGCGCGGCGCGGCGCUGUGGGCACAGCUCCCGUGUGAGCUGCAGAGUGUCAUGGCGGAGGUGGCGGAAGGCAUACGCGCUGCGUCCGAUGACUACAUCCCGGCCAUCUCGGCGGAGAAUGUGAUGGGCGGCGCUACUGCCUGCGUUGGGCUGCAGGUCACGCUACAUGAGCUGGAGGAGGCAUGGUACGCGGCACAGCCUUGUCGCGUGAAUCGCACCUGUUGGCUGGCCUUUCUCUCCCAAUACGAGGUGUGGGUGGUGAACGGGCAUGUGGCUUUGCUGGAGCACCAGUAUAGCCUGGAAACUGCCCGAGCGCAUCUGUUUCGCAUCCGCUGGCCCGCUGCGGCGAAGCCGUGGACUGACGUGCAAGCCGCCCUCAUUGGAGGCGGUGACGACGAUGACGGUGUCGGUCUGUGCUGCGCGAGAAACGAAAAGACUACGGCGGUGAGUGGCGCCACCUCAACUGGGUCGCUGACCUUGUUGCUCUCCCGGGCGGCGGAAAAGACUCUGCCGAAGGAGGCCGCCGCAGCAGAGCCGCUGUGCCUGCUGUCGCCCACGCCCUACGACGCCGUGAUCGAUGCGCUGCGCUGGCCACGCCAUGGGCUGAGCAGCCCCCUGAAAUCGGCGGUUGCUCUCGAAGAUUGGCUGCUGCAUCAACCCUACAUUCGAGCGCAGCUGACAGGCAGCGUUUCCUGUUCGUUGGAGUCGGUCGUUCAGCAGGUGUGUGAGACGCUUGACAGCACAGCUGAAGCCCAGCGGCCUCUCUCUUCCUUUGCGUCCUCCCCGCAGUGGAUCGCGCGCUUCACCCAGUCGCAGAGGGGCGCACCGUUGCAUCACGGCUUUCUUUGGCUGCAUCCGUCCAGCGCCACCUCCUUGGUUCGGGAGGCACUCCCACAGCUGCUGCUGCAACACCGCGUUCGUAUCCGGGACUCCGGUGUGCUGCCACUGCGCGUCGCGGUGGAACGCCAGCUGCUCGACGUGCACCACGACAGCUUCUACAAAAACGCCUACGUGCGCACCGCGGCGCAGGUGCCGAUCACCGAUGCAGAGGCGGACGCCUUUGCGACCAGCUUUGGGCAAAACUGGAUCACUGUCGUCCAGCUCGGUCUCGUGCUGAACGCGCAGGAGGCGGAACAGAAGUACGGCACCGUGCGCCUCAUGACGUGGUGGGACAGCCUGCAAGAAGAGCAUCAGGCGCGGCUUUCCGAUCAGCUCUUCGUCGGCUACAUGGCAGAGGAGGGGCUCUACGUCAUGAACCCCCCUUACAGCUAUCGCCGCGCGCGGCUGUACGGCGGCGGCUCUGACAUCGUGUGGUACGCGGUGGAGUGGUCGGCGCAGGACAUGACGUGGAGUAGCUUUAUGACAGCUGUGGUGGGCGAUGCCGACCCCGCCAACGCCGCCCCCGAGACGUUGCGCGGCCACUUUGGUGCGAACUGGACUCGAUACAGCCUGCCCGGCAAACCUGAUCAGAUUGAGUGUGUGCUGCACGCCUCAGACUCGCCGCUGGCCGCACUGGCGGAGCGGUGUCGCUGGUUGAGCUGCCCCCCUGAGCAUGACCCCUACGGACAGGUGCUGCUGCAGUCCGGUGUGCCCCCUGCGUUACUGUCACUGCUUUUGUCCAAUCCGACGCUGUACGCGUGCGAAACCGGCAUCAUGACUGAGGCUUUUCACUCGUUGCGACAAGACGACGUGCAUGAGCUCGUGGCGCAGCUCCGCGGCUACGCUUUUUGCUGCGGCUGUCUCGCGGUCCCCGACUCCGUAUCGCUCAUCCCUCCUCCUGCUGUUCCGGCAACACCGAAGCAGACGGAAUGCUCAACGCCUCACUGCGAUGAAUAUCCUUCUCCGACGGAGCAGCUCCGUGCCUACCGCAAUGUGGCGCUUCGCAAAGCAAUCAACAUUUUCCAGCUUUGUGCGUUUGCAAUACCCUUUUCAGGCGAGGCAUCUCCGCAGACCAACACUCACGAUUCCCUCUGCCGUGCCGUCAUGUACCUUGAUCCACUAGAGGAACACCCCGGCAGCGCAGACGUCACGCCCUCACUACUUCGCUCCAUAACCCAACGUGCGCUGGGCAACUUUGUGGAGCGACACCUCCGUCAACACGGCAUCCACGUAGUGCAUGAGCGCCUGGUUCAGUGCGCGAGCGAGGCGGAGGCAACGGUGGUGCAUCGCACGCAGCACCACCGUCUCUACCGGUACGGAAUUGAAGUACCAGCCGCCGAGACGCUCGCAAGCAACAAGGCAUUUCAGCUACGAAUGAAGCAGCACUUUGAUGUCUCACCCCAUAGCGCGGCAGUGGGAGCGGUGGUGCUGCGCAACGCAGCGGAAAUGGCCGACGCGCUUCGUGGCAACGGACACGAUGUAGCGGCUUUGUGGGCGCGCGCGAAGCGACUGUACCCGCACGACACGCUCGCGCUGUCCGACGACUGUACUGUGCAGCGCCUCCACCCUCGUAAGCCCUUCUUUCUCCUCAACGGCGACGCCCUGGAAGCGGAGCAGCAAUUCGUAGCGAGACAGGCGAAAACGGGCGUGCGUGUGUGGUACCUGGAGUGGAAUGAACAGGAGCAUCCGGGCAUGACAUACACGCGCUUGGCACAGAUCGUAGCGAGUCUGCACGGCCCACGUGGCCCCCUGCGUACCUGUUGGAACACAUAUGGGUGGGCCAGCGAAUCCUCCGCGAGCAACACCGCCGCUGCUGCUGAAGCAGUAGCCGGUGACUUCUGCCCCUCUCUGCACGUAUCGGAGAGCAGUCUCGCCGCCGUGCGCCAGCGGCAGCUUUGGUUGGGUCUCCCGCUGCUCACGGAUCCGAUCGUGCGCGCGUGGCUGUCAGCCAGCGCUGACGAAAACGGUGUGGAGCUGGCAGAGACACCACUCCCACUCCCCCCUCGCGCCGUCGCAUGGGCCGUGCAGGAUCCUUCGAUUUCCUUCAAAAACAAGCUCGACGCUCAGUUCUUGUUUGAUGCGGUGGUGGGCAUGGAUGCCGCGUGUGUGCGACGGCGCCUUCAAGAGUGGUGGGACGCAAAGCAAGACGACGAACACGAGACCACACGCAAUACCGCGGUGAUUGCGCUGAUGCCGCAGGUGGCGGCGAACUCUGACGUACGUCACCUCGUGUGUCGCGUCAUCGCAGAAAACGAUCUCCGCGUAGAGGAAUGCGGCUUUGUGGCCCAUUACAGCGACGGCGGCAGAGCGAAGUUGCGCCGCGUUGUCCAGUGUCUGUACCCAGAGGACUGGAACUAUGCGACGCAGGAACCACACCUGCUGAGCCUUUCACCGGAGGAGUGCGCUGCCGUGGCAACCGUGUUCAGUACGUCGUGGACGUCCAUGGUGGACAGCGGCCGAGUGCUACCGGCGUCCAGGGCAACGAAGCGGCUCGGUGGCAUGUCACCGGCGCAGCUUCAGCUCUUCGUGAAAGCGGCCAAAAACGCGUUGUGGGUCCGUCCGCAGUUGCACCUGGCAGAGUUGGAGGAGUACGGUGUUUUUGUGGUGAAUGCGCAUGUGCCACACCUCACCGACGUCGUCGUGGCUGCAGCAGAUCGGCUGCCGCUGCCGUAUUACGUUGUUUCGUGGGACGACCGCCAGUGCAGCUGGGAGGCGUGUGUGUCACGGGUGGUGGGGUUUGCUGAGCCUUCGCUGGCCUCACCGCAGAGCAUCCGCGGUCGCGUCAACGCUAACUGGUCCUCUCUGGGACUCCACGCCGCUCCGACCAGGGGGGAGAGUGUGGUGUGCAUGAGCGACGGUCCCUUGCAUAGUCUACUGGCGAGACUCCACCUCCGCUGGCCUCCUACGGGAACGUUGGAUGAAGACAUGUUCGGGGGUGCCGUUCUGCAGAGCUUGGGCGGCGCCGCAGCUGUGGUUUCGGUGCUGCGGGGCUGGCUGAGCAACCCAGCCGUGACGUGUGAUGGUCGCACGGACGGGGUGCUGAGCCACCUCGCGAACUGGGAGACAGAGGAGAUCUUCAACUUGUUGAGCCGGCUUACGAAGUCGCCCUCCGCGCUUCUCCCCGUCGACCUCUCUGCUGUUCGUCACGAGGAGCAGGAGGCGGAGGGGCGGCGGGCGGCUGAGGCGGCGUGGAACGAAGCCGUGCAGCAGCGUGAUGCCCUCCCUGUCCUACUACACACCACCUCUAUUAACUCCACCCCCACGACUGGAAACGCAGAAUCUCCGCCAGCUGACGAAGCAGCGGAGGACGAUGUCCUCCUCCAUCGCAACGUGGGCACACUUCUCUUCCUCAGCAGACAACUCAACGCGGUGCAGCAAGCACAGCUUCGUCAGCACCUGCAGCAGCACGGCAUUUCCGUCAGCGUCACAGUAGAGGAAGAAGAACAGGAGGCCACACCGGAGCUGCUGGACCGCCUCUUCCCAACGGAGAGCUACCUCGCCGAUUGUGUCGACCUCGCUCGCGUACUGAGUGAAUCCGAUGAGGUGGCAGUAAACGAUCAGGAGCGUUUCAACACCGUUUUCCGCGAUGAAGUCGCCUGGCACGCGCUGCUGGAACGCACCUCGCAAGACCCCGCCACCCCCGACACACCACGUGGACUUUACAGUGCUGCUGAUGCGAUGCGGCACUGGCAGUGGACGUCGCACGAUUUGUGGAGGCACGUUUGCGAGGGCUUUUCCAUGCGUUUGUCGGAGAGUGUCGAAAUUACCCGCCUGCCUUCGUGUGGCGCAGAGGAUGGCGCGGAUGAGCAGGCAGAGGAGGCCGGGCACGAGAGCGAGGCUGCAGCACUGGCGUCGCCUGUCACGGUGCCGUGGGCUGGUGGUCACUACGUGGUCAACGGCGCCUAUGCCGCCCUCCGUGACGCGCUGCAAACAGCCUCGUCUGCCACCGCUGCGAGAGAGGGAAAGGACGCCGCAGGUCAUGCCACAACUCCGACUCCUUUCCUCGCCAUGUGGGAGGUCUCGUGGGACUCGCGGACGUUGUCGUGGCAGGACUUUACGCAACGUGUUAUUGGCUGCGUCGACGGUGCACGCGCCGCAUCGGGAUCGUUUAACGCGUUGAUGUCGAAGGAGAACAGUGGUGCGGACACGGAAGAACUAACACAGCUCGCCUCUCCACUGUUGUGCUGGGGUGUCGUGCCCUCCUCCGGUCCGCUGGCGGCCUUUGCGAUGCGCAGCCGCUGGUGCCGCAAUGCGGGCAACCGGUACAAUGCCUACGUACCGGACCCGCUGGUGCGCGCCAUGGCGAUGGCAGGAGUGGCGGACCAAGACUCCCUCUUGGACAGCUGGGUCGCAAACCCCUUUGUGAUGGUGAAGAGGAACGACGAGGCAGACACGAAUGUGCGAUGCCGCCUCUUUGAUUGGACCCGAAACUGUGACACUCCACAACUACUGCCGUGGCUGCGCGUGUUGGAUGGAGUUGCUGUCGACGCUACGAGGGACAGCGCCGCCAACGGGGGUAUCGCAGCAUCAGCAGCAGCAGCAGCAGAGUCGGCAGAAAACGACAGCGCGAGUGCGCCGCGCUCUCCACCGCCGCCGCCGCCGCGCAUGAAGAAGCAGCUCAACGUUGCACGAGUGCAAGACGCCCUGCUGCACGCCCGCACCGAGUCCGACUGGCGGCGACUUUGGGACUACUACAGCACCCUUGACACCCCCUCAGUAGGAGGCGAGCCGUCUGCUACUGCUGCCACGGCGCCAGACACCAUUCCCUUUGCCUCCUUCUACCGCGACUUCAGGUCCUUUGACACCCUUGGCGUUCCCAACAUGAGUCACGAGCUGAAGCGGCUGUUCCUCGAGGUGGAAGUGAAGGGACGUGGUCGCAUGACCUACGCGCAAUUCACGCACGCGCUCACCCUGUACCAAUCGCUUUGA